CCGCCCCGGCCCCGCCCCGCUCCGGAGCCGCCCGGGACGCAGGGAGGAGGGCGGCUGGGCCGGAGCUGCCCGUGGCGCCGCGCUCCUGCACGCUCCGGACCCGCCUCUGCAGGUGCCAUGACUCAACCGCCCCAGGAGGGCUUCGACAGGAGCGUGGAGGAAGCCCGGCAGUGGAUGAAGGCUGUGCAGGAGCGGCUGCAGGUCAACGACAACACCCAGGGGCCCCGGGCGGCCCUGGAGGCCAGGCUGCGGGAGACCGAGAAAAUAUGCCAGCUGGAGCCGGAGGGGCGCGUGAAGGUGGACGUCGUGCUGCGGGCGGCGGAGGGCCUCCUGGCGUGUUGCCGUGACGGCCAGAAGCCCGAGAUCCUGGCCCAGCUGAAGGACAUCAAAGCCCAGUGGGAGGAGACGGUCACCUACAUGACCCACUGUCACAGCCGCAUCGAGUGGGUGUGGCUGCACUGGAGCGAGUACCUGCUGGCUCGAGAUGAGUUCUACCGCUGGUUCCAGAAGAUGAUGGUGGUCCUGGAGCUGCCCGUGGAGCUGCAGCUGGGCCUGAAGGAGAAGCAGUGGCAGCUGAGCCACGCCCAAGUCCUGCUGCACAACGUGGGCAACCAGGCCGUGCUCCUCGACCGGCUGCUGGAGGAGGCGGCCUCCCUGUUCAACAGGAUCGGGGACCCCAGUGUGGACGAAGAUGCCCAGAAGAGGAUGAAGGCCGAGUACGCCGCGGUGAAGGCCAAAGCCCAGGACAGAGUGGACCUGCUGGAGCAGGUGACCCGGGAACACGAGCAUUUCCAGGCAGGCGUGGACGAGUUCCAGCUGUGGCUGAAGGCGGUGGUGGAGAAGGUGAGCAGCUGCCUGGGGCGGAACUGCAAACUGACCACCGAGGGCCGUCUCUGCGCGCUGCAGGACAUCGCUGGCGAUUUUCCCCGGGGUAAGGAGUCUUUGAGGAGGCUGGAGGAGCAGGCUGUGGGCGUCAUCCAGAACACCUCUCCUCUGGGCGCGGAGAAGAUCACCGAGGAGCUGGAGGAGAUGCAGAAAGUUCUGGACAAGCUGCGAGCCCUCUGGGAGGAGGAGGAGGAGCGGCUGCAGGGCCUGCUCAAGUCCAUGGGAGCCUGUGAGCAGCAGAGGCGGCAGCUAGAGGCCGAGCUGGGAGAGUUCAGGAAGGACCUUCAGAGGCUGGCCGAGGAGGGUCUGGAGCCCGCGGCGAAGGCGGGGACCGAGGACGAGCUGGUGGCCCGCUGGAGACUCUACUCGGCGACGCGGGCGGCCCUGGCCGCGGAGGAGCCCCGGGUGACCCGGCUGCAGGCCCAGCUGAAGGAGCUCAUCGUCUACCCCCAUGACCUGCAGCCGCUCUCCGACAGCGUGGUCGCUGCUCUCCAGGAGUACCAGAGCAUGAAGGGCAAGAGCGCCAGGCUGCGCAAUGCCACGGGGGCGGAGCUGUGGCAGCGUUUCCAGAGGCCUCUACAGGACCUGCAGCUGUGGACGGCCCUGGCCCAGAGCCUCCUGGACAUCACCGCCAGCCUGCCGGACCUGCCCUCCAUUCACACCUUCCUGCCCCAGGUCGAGGCGGCCCUGGCAGAAAGCUCGCGCUUGAAGGAGCAGCUGAUGAUGCUACAGCUGAAGAAAGACCUGCUGAGGAGCGUCUUCGGCCAGGACGAAGCCACGACCCUCCUGGAGCAGGUGGCGAGCUCCGUGCGGGACAGAGACUUGGUGCACAACGGCCUCCUGCAGAGGAAAAGCAAGCUGCAGAGCCUGCUGGCUCAGCACCAAGAUUUUGGGGCUGCUUUCGAGCCCCUACAGAAGAAGCUGUCGGACCUCCAAGGCAGGGUCCGAGCUGAGAACGGGCUUCAGCAGGACCUUCCUAGGAAACAGACCCAGCUCUCCAGGUUGCAGGGGCUGCAGGAAGAGGGGCUGGACCUUGGGGCACAGAUGGAGGCCGUGAGGCCUCUCGUCCAGGGGAACCCCGCCCACCAGCACAAAAUGGAGCAGAUUUCUGCCGACUACCAGGCCCUGCAGAGGUCUCUGGAGGACCUCAUGGACAGGUGUCAGCAGAGUGUGAGGGAACACUGCACCUUCAGCCACGAGCUGCUGGAGCUGCGACAGUGGAUCGCCGUGGUCACCCAGAAGCUGGAGUCACAUCAGGAGGAGGCGGGCCCGUGGGACGCCCAGUCCCGGGAGGUCGAAGUCGAGAGGCUGCUGGCUGAAUUCCCGGAGAAGGAGGCCCAGCUGCCCCUGGUCGAAGCCUAUGGCCGGCUGGUGAUGAAGAAGUCUUCUCCGGAAGGGGCUGCUCUGGUCCAGGAGGAGCUGGAGGAACUGGUGGGGUCGUGGCAGGCUCUGAAGCUGCUGGAGGAAAGCCUGCUGAGCCUCAUCAGAAACCAGCAGCUGCAGAGGACGGAAGUGGACUCGGGGAAGAAAACGAUUUUCACCAACAACAUCCCAAAGACUGGGUUUCUCAUCGAUCCCGCGGAGCCUCUUUCCGGGCGGCACCGCCGGGCAAAUCUGCUCCGGGAAGAAGGCAGCCGGGAAGGUUACUCCCAGCUCCUGAGGGACUUUGAGCAGUGGUUGGAGGUGGAAAACGCCAAGCUGGUUAGCAUCAUCGCGAUGAGAAUGGCCGCAGCCAGGGAUCUGAGGGCCAGGGAAACGAAGCUACAGGAGCUGCAGGCUCGGGUGCCAGAAGGUCAGCGUCUCUUCGAGAACCUCCUUCGUGUCGGGCCAGCGAGGGGGUCCUCGGACGAGCUCGAGGACCUGCGUUACCGGUGGAUGCUGUACAAGUCCAAGCUCAAGGACUCCAGCCACCUGCUGACACAGAGUUCUCCAGGGGAGCCGACUGGAUUCCAAAAGGCUCCGCGGUGGCGAGGACUCGGGCCCCUCUUCCGGAAGGUGUGCCGUGUGGCUCUCCCCCUGCAGCUGCUGUUCCUGCUGUUCCUGCUGCUGCUGUUCCUGCUUCCGGUCGGGGAAGAGAACCGCAGCUGCACGCUGGCCAACAACUUCGCCCGCUCCUUCAAGUUCAUGCUGCGCUACGAUGGCCCCCCGCCCACCUAACCCGCCGGGCCACGCAGGUGACUCUCUCCUCCGGCCCUCCAUCCGCCCCGGGGCUCCUUCCGAGGGGGCCCAGGAAACUGGAAGCAGAGGCAAGCUGCGACCGGCACAGCUGCCUCGGUGUAAAUACUGCAUUGAUGCCCCCCAAACAAAACCACUUUUUAUAUGGUGUCGUCUUAGCCUGUUUAUCCUAAAGGUGCCCUAUGUGCGACUAGGGAGUGAUGCAUAGAAUGUUUAUAUCCUCUGUGUGUAGACACGCUCAGUCCGUAUAGUUUCACGUAUGGCGUCUAUUUGUGGGUGGGAAGGUUCCUAGCAGCUUGCGGGUCCUGUGGGAUUUUUGCCUGGGUCUGCGGCAGCCCCCCCCCCCCCCCCCCCCCCCGCCCUGGGGAGCGAGAACUGGAACGUGUCGCUUUUCUGGCAACCGCUUAGCGGGAAGCCACGUCCCAACCCCAGAUGCUAGUGGAGAGGUCCCUGAGCUGUCAACACAGAGGAGCAACACCAGCCCUCACUCAGCUCAGUCGCUCUCGCUCUAGACACUGAGAACAAAAUGACAGCGGGUUAGAUGCUGUGGGUCAGAAGCGUAAGGGUGAUGCUUGAAGGCAGGGCCGGUGACGGCAGCGAAAAGUGACGAGUGAUAGCGUGCUAUCCCUGAAGGAAAAGAAAGAUGACAAGCAGGACCCAGGACUAUACCAGCUCACAGAAUUUUGGGCACCCUGUGCAGCGGCGGGGGGGGGGGGGGGGUGCUCCCCCCCGCCCCUCCACCUCUUGGUCUCUGAUGGCCCAGAGCAAUGCAGAAGGCCGUGGCCGUGACCCUGAUCUGCAGGUCUGGUUAGAGCAUGCUCCCUGUGUUCUGGGAAAGGAGAAGGGAAGGAGGGAAACUUCCUUGCCAAGGUCUUCAUUCAGAAUGGGGAGCACGCUGUGCCAGGGAAGUGUGUCCUUCCGUCCCUCUUGGGCUGUUUUCCACUGUCUACGACUCCAGCUGAAGGGUCAGAGGGGGGGAGCACGUGGCCCUCCAGGGACCAGGGAUCGAGGGUCCAAGACAGAGAUGAGAGAUGGGCGUUGGAGCUCAGCCUGUCUAGGGGUCUCUGCCUCUUCCUCCCUGGAGAACCGACUUCGGAGGGAGGUGGGUCUUCUGGGCUGAGAGUGUCCCACACGUGUCCUCACAAGGGGACCCGAACGAGGCUGCCUGUGGGCACCCCCAGGAGAGGGCCCCCCCGCAGACCGGAUGCGGGGCCCUGAGGCCAGAAACGUGUCCUUUCCUCCUGAGCGCAUUAUAACUGGAUCGCAGUUUCCCUAAAUCAACAAAAACACUAAGUUUCCUUUUGGAAAACGCCUAGUGGCCCCUCUUUACAAACUGAUUUUGUCCCUUCACCUACAAGUAGUAGGCCGAGAGGGGAUCCUGCAGGCCUUUGGAAUCAUGAAGUGUCCAGCCUCAGAAACGCCCUGCAGAGAGGGAAACGGAGGACCCAGGAGGGUCCUGACUGCCGGCACCAAGCCCCGCCCCCCAGCGCUCCGGCAAACACGGCCCCUCCCUCUGCAGAACCCAGGCCCCCCAGGCCCCCCACCCCCGGACUGGGCCAAGCUGGACAUUCCCAGGGCAGGAAAACGCAGCUGCGGAGAAGUUCGCACUCAGAAAGCACACUUUUCUCCAGAUACUAGGAGGCGGAGCCACUAGACGGGUCCCCGCAGGCGACCACUGCCCUGGAAAAUCAGGGCUGCCGUGGCCGAGCCCAGGUGCUCCCCGGGCCGUGCGGGUCCGGCGCUGGAAGGUCAGACUGUGGCCGGGCCUUCGAGCAUCUCCGACUCUCCCACUUGGCGGGGGAGGAGGCUGAGGCCCCGAGAGGGGAGGAACUUGCCCAAGACCACACAGCGAGAGGCGGGCGCCCCGAAGCCCCGGCUCACCGUAGGGUGACCUGUCGCGUCGGUAACCGUGCUGCGUGUAGCCCGCGUCCCCGGGCAGAAAAACUGCAUGCAAUACGCAGGCCGGGGGGUGGGAACGUCUGUACGUAUUUUUUAAAUUUUGAUAACGAGGCCCUAGAGCCUGCUUGUUUGCAUCACUUUUUUAAAAAAGAGAAUGGGUAUUUUUAUUACUUUCAUAUAAAUACAGUUGUGAAAUAGCCCACGUACUGGUGCUUUUCACGUGUAAUCUCUCCUGCUUACAGUGGAUGCAGACGGUUAGGAUUUGUAGGACUUUUUAGCUUCCUGCACAACAACUACAAAGAGCUUUAAAGUGCCGUGUGAGAAGGGUGCCCAGUGGGACCCGCGUGUGUUUGUUCUUCCUCCAGCCCCAGAGUGAGAGUCGUGGAGACACGUGCGAAGAUCACCGCCUGGCCCACCAGCUAGUGUGUGUGUGUGUGUGUGUGUGUGUGUGUGUGUGAAAGAGACAGAAGAAGAGGGAGAGAAGGAAGGAGGGGGGUAUGGGAGGGGAGAGCAGAGGGAGAAGGGAGGAGGGGAGAAGGGAGGAGAAAAGGAAGAGGGGGAGGGCAGAGGAGAAGAAGGAGGAAGAGGAGGGUGGAGGAGGGGGAGGGGGGAGUAGGAGGGGAGAGAGGAGAACGCAGUAUGAUCGCGGUGCUGGUCGCCCUCCUCGGCUGCCUCCCGCCCCUGCCCUUCCUCUUAGUCUGACCUCCUUGCAGACCGGCCCAUACAGGCCCCGAGGGUGUUUCUAAAGAAGCCAGACGAGGGGUGGGAUGUGCAGGUGCUGAUGACAGAGGAGGCCCAGAGACUCAGGGAGGAGCAGAGGGGACAAUGGCAUCGAAACCAAGAGUGCCUUCCAUUUGGUGCUUGCGGGUGCCCUGCCCCCGCGUGGGCACCGGAGAAGCCAUACUUGAUUUAACCCCCACAACAGCUCUUAGGGUGAGGCAUGAACUUUACCUCCAUUCUCCAGAUGGGCAGGCUGAGACCUAAAGACAGAGACGCUUGCCCGCGCAGAGGUGGGAUUCGAACCCAGGUCUGCCCUGUGCCAAGCCCACACUGGCGGGAGAGGAGGGGGGGUGGGGGCGGUUCAGGCUGGCUCUGCCAGGGCUCGGCCUUUGCAGAUGGAGCUCAAGUGCCCCCUGCUCGGCAGGACGGGCCAGCUCCCACAUCGGCCUCCCUGCUGCUCUCGCCCUGGGUUCUGGGAACAGUCACCCCAGGGGCACAGUCACAAGGGUCCCCUCCGGACACCUUCACAGAGGUUACUGCCUGCUGCAGAGGGAAGCAGGGCUUCCUGCCCAUCUGGGGGCUGAGCCCCUCUCUGUCCACCUGCGAGGUCCAGGCAUGGCGGCCGCGCGUGUGAACCCAGUGCCCAGCACAGGGUGGGGGCCUCAGCUGUGGUUGUCGAAUUGCAUGGAAAACCCCAGAGGCAAGCGUGUUUGGUGACCCCCCCAACCCCCCUCCCAGAUACAGAGGAGAUGAAUCCUGCUGGAUGGGACUCAGUUGUCUCUUACAACCUCUGAUUUCUUUGCUUCAGGCCGCAGCAGGGACCAGGGGUCCGAGGAUGUCUGUCCCUGCUGGGGGGGGGUGGGGGGGGGGAGAGUGGGGGGGAUUGGCUCAGGCUGCCCGAGGGUGCGGUUGGGAGGUAAUCGAAUCUUCUCCCGGAGCCUGAGCCAGGGCCUGAGCCGGGGAGGCUGAGCCGCCCUGCGGAAGCUUUGGGGAUGUGCCCGUGAAGCUGCCCUGGUUAGAGAGGGCGGACGGAACAGGUGAAGGAGCAGAAGACAAAUGAGGGGCAAAGGCAGGAGGGGACAGAAGACCUGACGUCACCAAACUUUACACUUAAAAAUGGCAAAGAUAGUAAAUUUCACGUUCUGUGCCUUCUGCCACAAUUACAGAGGGAGCGAGGGAGGGAGGGAGGGAGGGGCGUCAGGCUGUACCUUUAUAGGUCUCGACUUUUAUCCGAGGACAAGGACCCGUGGCCAAGUUUUCACUCCCCAAAGACAGAAUGAAAAUAAUGGUACUAAUAAGGGCAGAUGCCUGGAGGUUUUUGCGCUUCGUAGGAUUUUAUUUCAUCUAAGUGCCGGCUCUUUAUUCUCAGAGUGUAUCCUUCCUCUUGUUGGGCGUCCUGUGGCCUCUAGGAACGAGGGAGGGGAGAGAACAGCUGUAUCUUCCUUUAGGUACGUUUUCUGAGUCUUUAGAAGACAAAAAUGGCCAACUCUCUGCUGUUUUCCCCAAAUGCACUGUUCUUUCUGGAAGGACAGGAGAGCCCUGCCAGAAAAGGCUGGGAGAAGGGAGGGGUGCAGCUUGAGAAGUGCCUUGGGCUGGACUCUCAGGGAGGGAGGAAAGAGAAGCAGGAGGAGGACAGGGUGAGGGUUGGGUGCAGUUUCUUGCGACAGGGCCGAGGAGGGGCCGGGAGCCUGCCAGCUGUGGCCUUGGAGAGACGGACGGAGGGCCGUUAGCACGGCACUCCCGAUGGCCGUUCGGGAGCCCGUGUCUGUCGCUUUCUGUCUGGCCAACUGGGCAGAAAUGCCCUGUGCUUCUUUGCUCUUUAACUCAACGCAGCAGGUGUUCUCAAGUCCCUCGUCUGUGCCAGGCUCGUGCUGGAGAAUUCAGGUCAAUAAAGCCCCAGGCCCGCCCUCCAGGAGCUCACAGCCCAGGGGAGGGUUUGUGCCUUAGAAGAUGCCCAACCAAGUGAAGUCCUUGCUCUUGACCUUGCCCAUCUGCCCUCCCGGAGCGGGGGGGCAGACCCACCGUCACUGAAGCUGGUAGGGCACGCAGUGGGAUAGCCGAGGACGUGGUCCUCGUGUGCCUUGCCGUCCCUUGGAGGUCACCGUGCCGCUGUGAGCCAACCUGAACGGAAGGGCAGGUCAGGAUCAGGGUGGCAGGAUGAGGAGAGGACGCAGGCACGACAGAAGGAGCCGGGAGGAGAAACGGAUGGGCUGGGCUCAGGACGGAGGCGUGGUCCCUUGGGCGGUGCUUUAUCUUGGAGAGGGCUUCUAGAAGUUUCCGGCGAGGCCCAGGGCUAAGGCCAGGGACGUGCAAGUGCUCAAACACUGCGUGUUUAUUGUUACUUCUGUUACUGGCACAGUUACUCGUCUGCAGUCAUGGGUCACGGUAAAAGUCUGCGGUUGGAGAUACCAAGCUGAGAAGCCCACUCUUCCCCGCUGGAGCUUUUCCGGCUUGGUAACGUACACCAGGCAUCAAUUUGACCAAGAAUUAGGAUAAUCAUGCCCUCCCCACCUCCCACCCACUGUUAGUCCCUGGAGCAGGGGAACUGAGCAGCCCCCUGAGGGAGGCUGCGCCUGGGGCAGAAGGGGGCGGGGCAGAAGGGGGCAAGGGAGGGGUCCCGCGCGUCCUGAGGUGCCCACAGCUUCCUUUGAAACCUGUUACUGGAGCGGCUCUCGCUGGCAGUGGCACGGUGACCUCCAGUGAGCCUCUCGUAUCCCUGGCCCAGCCAGGACGGUGCCCUAAUUCUUUCUCUCGUGGGACCUCAGCCACUCCAGCGGGCCUCCCCCGACUCCGCUCCUGUUACCCAGUCUGAUGGUCGCCAGGCCCGGUCAGCACCACGGAGAGGUGGCGAGGCCGUGAGCUGUGAGCUCAGCACAGGCCCAGCACUACCUACGUGGACUUCUCUUACUGCAUCCAUGGCAGACAUUGAGAGUUGAUCACCGAGCCGUUCCCCUCCCCCUGUCUAUCCUGCACAGACCUCACAGUCCUUCUGGAAACCACCCAGGCAGCUGCUGCCAAUCAAUCCUAUUUGUCAUGUGAAAAAUGCCUGUUUGACCUCCUUGUCCCUGAUACCAGCCCCCCUCAGCAAACUCUCAACUCUGGCCUCCACCCCCCCCCCCCUUUUUUAAAUUUUAAAAUUAGGACGUUCUCAGGGCGCCUGGGUGGCUCAGCCCGUUAAGCGUCCGACUCUUGGUCUCGGCUCAGGUCAUGAUCUCACGAUUCGGGAGAUCGAGCCCCGCAUGGGGCUCUGUGCUGACAGCUCAGAGCCCCCUUGGGAUUCUCUCCUCUCUCUCUCCGUCUCUCAAAAAUGAAAUAAACGUAAAAAAAUAUUAAAAGCAAAAUAAAAUUAGGACGUUUCCAAUCAAAAAUCUCUCUCCUUAGUUUCAUACAUGGGGGAUACAAGGUAACCCCAGAGAGCAGAUCAUGGGGAGGAAUUACCGCAUAGAACUUUUAGGGGAAACAAAAUGGAGGAGAAAAUGUGAAAUUGCCUGUUUUUUGUUUUUUUUUUUAGGCUGUCAGAGGUGGGAGGGCUUUUAUAGACUCUCUUAUUCCAACCUGUGCCCAUUUUACAGAUGAGGAGGCUGAGGUCCCGACAGCUCCUGUUCACCCAGUGAUGCAGGGGGUGAGUUAGUUGUACAGGUGGGGAGAGGGCUCCCCGCAUCAGGUGACAGAGUGCGCAGGGCUGGACAGGGUGCAGAGGGAGUUCUGCUGUUAAUAGCCGGGUGACCUUGGGCGACUUCCCUGCCACCGUCCUUGCAACCACAAAAGGGGAAGUUGGCCCUGGAAUCCCCCGUGCUGCCUGAGAUGUUAGAUACUCUCAGAAGAUGGUGAAGGGCUCCUGUGUGAAGGGAAAUCUCGAGAUUCAGCCCCACGUAGCAGAAUCCCUCCUGCUCUGACGUAAACAACCAGGGACUUUGCUUUUCCCUGAGCCUGAGAAAUCUAGAGCCAGGCAGCCUUGGCAGCUGCCAAGGUUUCUGCAGCUCUCUCCCUUACCUCGAGGUUACCUCAUGGCCCUAGGUGCUUGCGCUACCUCCGACGUCGCGUCUGCAUUCCAGGCAGGAAGACGGCGAACGGGCUCCCGAACCGGCCGUCGUGGCCCUCGUUUUCCUCCCCUUUCCCAGAAGCCCCACCCACAGACUGCUGCUGCCCCCUCAUUGGCCAGACUGUGUCACGUGGUUCCUCUCCAUCCGCGAGGAAUCCGGAGACAUGCCCCACCCCCCCCACCCCCCCGACAAAACGGGCGUCUCUUAGCAAGAAAGAGGAUGGAGUGGAUUCAGGUGGCCCUUAGGUGCCUGUGCCUGUGAUAUGUGGACCCUCUCUGUCUUGGUCUCCAGCUCCAUCAGCAGAGCUUGGAGGACAUCGGUCAGUAGAGUGAGAGCAUGACGCGCCGCCACGCGCCCGCCACCGCCCGCCACCUGCGCCACCAGGUGGCAGGGCUCCCUGGGUCCAUGAAGCCCUUCCCUUCCCCAAGGCGUUCCUUCCACACCGAGGGCGCUGCCAGGCCCACCUUUUUGUAAGACCUGGGACAGGCACAUAAGUCAGGUGCCCCUGCCUGGCCACAGCGAGCAGAGACAGCCCCUCCCCUGUCCCGGCCCCAGGGCUACGCUUUUUAACACCUUUGUGUUUGGAAUUAGCCUAGAAAAUUCAUAUUUGCUUUAAUUUCUUCCGGAACGUGAGUUUACUCCUGGGUGCAAAUCCUGGAAAGAGGGGCCCUCUGGGCUUUUCCUGGGCGGCCCCCCACUUUCUGGAAGAUCAGAAAAGUGCAGGGAUGCAGCCACAGGUGGCUCCCAUCAUGGGGCUGACAGAGCAAACGGGUGCCUCCAGCAGAGGGAAGAUUCAAAGGACUCACACCAGCCGUCCUUGCUCCCUCGGUUUCAAUUGCAAGAUGAAUGCCUUCUGUCUGUCUCCAAAGCGAGAAGGAGGAGGAAUUUGUUUUUAAAAGGGAAUUAAAAAAUCAAACCUUGCUGUCUAAAAACAGAUCUUCCAACAGAGCACCCAGAGCUUUAGAGAACAGUCAGCCAAUUCAGCAUCCCCCCCCCCCCCAACCUCCGUUGGUUGUCAUGGUAACAUACCAGCGCUCACUGGUUGGUACCCAACCACCUUGUCCAGACGGGACAGUGAUCAUACAGAGGGAUCUGUUUCCCCAAAGGAUCCGGGCUUCCUUUCCAGGAUGCUUACUUCCAAGGUCAGCAAUCAGGCUGUAGGCCUCCAGCCCCUCUUCCUGUUCUGAUGCAAGGGGAGGGAAGAAACCUCAAUUCAGAGCCUACAAGAUGUCGCUGGCUUCUUUUUUAUUUAAAAAAAAAAAAAUUCUUUUUCUAAUGUUUAUUUAUUUUUGAGACAGAGACAGAGCAUGAGCAGGGGGAGGGGCAGAGACAGAGGGAGACACAGAAUCCGAAGCAGCUCCAGGCUCCGAGCUGUCGGCACAGAGCCCCACGUGGGACUCGAACUCGUCACCUGUGAGAACAUGACCUGAGCCGAAGUCGGACGCUCAACAGACUGAGCCACGCAGAUGCCCCAGCCCUGACUCCUUCUAAAUGCCUGUGUGAGGGUUAUGAUCCUGUUGAAAGCAGAGCCCGGGGCGGGGGCGGGGGGGGGGUGGUUAGCAGCUUGCCUACAAGCAACCAGAGAGUGGCCCCUUUGGGACUUGAACUCAGGAGUGAGGGGGUCCAGGCCUCUCCAUGGAACUUCAGCCUCAGCUACCUUUCUUCUCUCGGUGGCCCCGGGCUGCCGCUGCCGUGGCGGCCGGUUGGCUCGUUGAGGGUGACGCUCCAGAGCAGGGCUGCAGGGCUUUCCCCCAUGCCCGCCCCCUCCAUGGAAUCCUGAACCUCCCACCGGCAUCAGGAACUGGGAACAGCAGCAUGGGUGCCAGAGGUUGGGGACAAAGAACGGCAACAGGCCACCUCUCACAGGGCGGGUGGGGGACAGAGUGGGCGGGUGUCAUUGCCUGUAAAGCUGCUUUGAUUUCUUCUCCUGGAGAAAAAAAAGAGGCAUUUUCUCUCUAGGGGCAGAGGCCAUGCAUGUUCUAGAAGUUUCAUUGGCAAGGAAGAAAUGGACAGAGGAAGUUGUGUGUGUGUGUGUGUGUGUGUGUGUGUGCGUGUGUGUGUGCGCGCACUGUAUACGCACACAAGGCCCAGAAGCAGAGGGGGCAGCCUGGCUCUCAGCCCUGGGCUUCUGGAAAAUAGACACACCAACAGGGUCUGGCAUCCUCAGGAUGACCAUGCUGGACCCAGGACAUUUCCCCUGAGAACAGCAUUUUAUGCUUCUCACUGAAGUAGCUGUUUGUCCCCCUGUCAUUCUCCACACAAAAGGGAAUGUCAGUCGACCCCCGGGAUUCUCUGCCAUCUGGAAAUUUCCAUAAGCUGGUCUGGAAAUGAUGCUCUCUCUUUUUUUCUCGAGACAGCAUACAACCAGCUCGUGAAGAAGGACUUAGCUCAACGGGUCCUAGAUUCCUUCACAUCUCUCUUUGCUCUGCAUGUCUGUCUGUGUCUUUGUGUUUUAGAAGCCACUGGUGUUCGUAGAAUUUGUUGGGUACCUAAGGUGCCAGAGGCAGGAAAAAGGCAAGUUUCCAGGGUCAGCUUUGGAGGAAUGAAAACUUUGCAAGCCCAUUUCAAGUCCAAGAGACCAAUCCUCUUGUGCCAAAGCAUGUGAGCCUGAUGGGUUUGUUAGUUUGCCUUGUCCUCUCUCCCAAGGGAGGGCUCGGGAACCAGAGGGGUCCAGGCUUCUGCGGAACCCCACCUGGAGGCGUCAGCCACAUUCCUGCCCUCUCUCUACCCUCAGCCGAGUCCAAAGAGUGACUGGCUGUUUACACCGCUGGUCUGGUCUGGUUGACGCAGGCGACGGUCCAGUGGAAUAGGUAUGUGUGUGUGUGUGUGUGUGUGUGUGUGUGUAGAUGCCACAUAAGUGGGUUUUGGCGUCGAAAGCAAACUUCAGUGUUUAAAAUGUUCUGUUAUGUAAACAGUAUUCACAGGGACCAUAUCCACUCCCGUCAUACUAGUCGUGAUUGUCAAACAUGCGUUUGCAAUAAAUUAAGCUUUCUGGGAAGGCAAGCAGUAACAGAGCCAAAUGAGUGUCCUGGAACAUGUGUGUUUUAUCUCGGUUCAUAUCAAGUCCACGACCAGCCCAGAGCCUUCCCCGCUCAGGAGGGAGGGAGGGAGGGAGGGAUUCAUGGGUUCUUCUAGCUUCUCAGUGCUAUGGUUUCAAAGUCACCUUGAAGUUUACAGCCCCUUUCUGUGGCUGGAGUUGGAAGUAGCCGUGUUCUCAAAGACGGCUGGAUGUUUUUGUUGUUGCUUUUUUUGCGUUUAAAACUGUAUCUGCUUUAUGUCUGGAAAUAAAAAAAUCUCUAUUUUGGUCUAUGAA